AAACAAAAUGUCGGUGUAAAUUUUGGUGUCCAGGUUUGUCUGGGCAGGGUUCUGUAAAUGGUCUAAAACUGUGGACAUACACUAUUAACUUUGAAACUGAUCAUUGUUAGACCAGAUUUGAUAAAGUAGCAAAAUGUGAAAAAAGUAGGGAGUGGAUGACAUUUGGGGACGAAUGAGAUUCGAGCACACAGGACUCAAUAGCACCUUGAAGGUGAUGGGGAAACAUGAAACAGGUGGUGAGGGUGAGACGUUGGUGCAUGUGGUAUUAUAUUGUCUUUAAUAUAGUAGACCGAGGAAGAAAAUGGCCAACGGCAGCUGUUUCGAGGGUGGAUAGUCAGCACAGAGCGGUCCACCAAAGAGACUCACCAAGUGCCAUCUCUCCAACCUAGUGAUGACAUAGAGAAUUACCUUCAGUGGUUCGAGCACCAUGCAUGUAUAAAGCUAAAGCUAUAAAGCUAAUCAAAAAGCAUAUUUUGAAAAACAUUUUGAGGCUUACUUAUUGCAAAUUACAAAUUUAAGUCACAUUUCUUCUGUGUAAAGUAGGAGGGAGUAAGAGUUGGAACUUACAUAAUAAUUUGGUAAUACUUUCGAAAAAAAUAAAACAACCAUAUUUGCUAACAAUUAAAUAAAUGCUCAGGCAACAUAGUUUAAACUGUAUUGUCAGUGUGUAGUAGUAGGGUAAAGUAGUGUAUUUAAUUUAACAAUAAAAAUCUGUAUAUACUGUAUAUAUCUUCUAGAAAAGGUGUAAAUAAACAGUAAUUAAUUGCUAAAUAUUGGCGAGUAUGUUAAUGUUAUGGUACAGCUUUUGCUGUAUUUACUAAAACGGUACUAAACUGUAAGUUUCAGCUAUAUUAAACCACUGUUAAUCUACAGUUAAAUAUUGCCAACUGUACUGCCUGUACUUUUCUGUGUUUUAACAGGAAAAAGUCUAAGAGUGUAGUUUGAAUCAUUAAACAGUGUCGGAAGGGAGUGACAUAUUGUAGUUCUUCAUAUAUAAAAUUAAACAUGUGGGACACAGGUGUACAGUGCAGGGAGGGAGUGAUGAGGACUCGUGUUUGUUUUGUUUUUGUAGGUUGUUUUUUUUUCUUGGUUUACUUCUCUGAGUCUUUCCUUCCUGCUUCCUCUUGCAAGUUAUGGAGGAGAUUUCACCUUAAUGGGAUGCAUAAGGCUGGUGACAUAGUUCUGGGUGGCUUGUUUGAAAUCCACUAUGGCUCAGUGUUUCCUGAACUGACGCUCACCUCAGAACCUCCUCAGCCGAGCUGCCAAGGCUUCGACCCUCUGGGGUUCAGACAUGCCGUGACCAUGGCCUUUGCUAUUGAGGAGAUCAACAAACACUCCAGCCUUCUACCUAAUGUGACUCUUGGAUACAGUCUUUAUGACAACUGUGCUACGCUGGGUAUUGGCUUCAGUGCUGCACUGUCGCUGGCUAGUGGUCAAGAGGAGCAGACUAUGCUUCCGCUGAACUGUUCAGGGGCUCUGCCAGUCCUGGGGAGUGUGGGGGAUCCCUUCUCAACAUUUUCUAUAGCCACAUCCAAUGUUCUAGGCUUGUUCAAACUGCCUAUUGUGAGUUAUUUUGCCACAUGUUCUUGUCUGAGUGACCGGAGAAGGUUUCCAUCUUUUUUUAGAACCAUCCCAAGUGAUGCUUUCCAGGUGCGUACCAUGAUUCAGAUCCUAAAACACUUUGGCUGGACAUGGGUAGGUCUGCUGGUCAGUGAUGAUGAUUAUGGACUUCACGCUGCUCGGUCUUUCCAGUCUGGCUUACAUAAGACUGGUGUAGGUUGUCUGGCAUACUCAGAGACUUUGCCUUGGGGCAAUAAGCCGAAUGAAUACAAGAGAAUUGUGGCUAUGAUGACAAAAUCUACAGCUCGCGUGGUCAUUGUCUUUGCUCACCAGAUUCACAUGCUUCAACUAAUGCAAGAGGUGGUGAAAAAGAAUUUGACAGGCUUACAGUGGAUUGCCAGUGAAGCUUGGACGUUACUCGAUGGGCUCCAUACUCCUUCCUUCAUGCCGUACUUGGGAGGCACACUAGGUAUUACUAUUCGUCGUGGAAACAUACCAGGCCUCAGAGACUUCCUUUUAGAACUGAAUGUUAACCAACAUAAUGACACCAGAUAUAACAUGAUGAAGCAGUUUUGGGAGCAUAUAUUUCACUGUAGGUUUGCACCAUCUCCAGUAUAUUGGGUGGAAAAUGGGAGAGUACUAUGCACUGGAGAUGAAAGUCUGCCUAACAUGGACACUGUGGGGUUUUUGGACGUGUCAGAACUCAGACCAGAGUACAAUAUUUACAAGGCGGUGUAUGCUCUGACACACGCCCUCCAUGACUUGCUGCAGUGUGAGCCAGGGAGUGAGCCAUUCAAUGGACACAGCUGUGCUACUUUAGAAAAUCUGGAGCCAUGGCAGCUGAUGUAUUACUUAAAGAAGGUGAACUUCACCACUGCCUUUGGUGAUCAAGUAUCAUUCGAUGAAAAUGGUGAUGUUUUACCAAUCUAUGAUAUUAUGAAUUGGCUGUGGCUCCCAGACGGAAGAAUUAAAGUUGAGAGUGUUGGGGUAGUUAGGAAGUCAACAUCUGAAAGUGAAGAACUCAUACUUAACCAAGAGAAAAUCUUCUGGAACUUUGAAUCCAAGCAGCCACCCAGGUCAGUGUGUAGUGAGAACUGUCCUCCAGGUACCCGUGUGGCAAGGAAACGGGGAGAACCUGUCUGCUGUUUUGACUGCAUCACUUGCUCUGAGGGAAAGAUCAGCAAUAAAACUGACUCUAUAGAGUGCAUCAAUUGUCCAGAGGAUUUUUGGGCAAACCUUCAGCGUGACCAAUGCGUGCCAAAGAAAACUGAGUUCCUCUCCUACCAUGAUCCUCUCGGCAUGUGUUUGACAUCUUUUUCAUUGCUAGGCACACUUAUCUGUGCCAUUGUCCUGGGCAUCUUCAUCUAUCAUCGCAGCACACCUAUGGUACGCGCCAACAACUCAGAACUAAGUUUCCUGAUCUUGUUGUCACUCAAAUUAUGUUUCCUGUGCUCUCUGCUGUUUAUUGGCCAACCCAGACUGUGGACAUGUCAAUUAAGACAUGCAGCAUUUGGAAUCAGCUUUGUUCUUUGUGUCUCAUGCAUCCUGGUUAAAACUGUGGUGGUCCUAGCUGUGUUCAAGGCCUCCAAGCCGGGAGGUGGAGCCAGCCUAAAGUGGUUUGGUGCUGUGCAGCAGAGAGGGACGGUUCUGGGUCUUACAUCGAUCCAAGCAGCAAUUUGCACUUUUUGGAUCCUCUUUGCGUCUCCAGUGCCUCAUAAAAAUACUCAAUACCACAAUGACAAGAUAGUUUAUGAGUGUGUAGUUGGGUCCACAGUUGGUUUUACAGUAUUACUUGGUUACAUUGGUUUACUGGCUGUCCUUAGCUUCUUAUUAGCAUUUCUGGCGCGGAAUCUUCCAGACAACUUCAAUGAGGCCAAACUCAUCACCUUUAGCAUGUUGAUCUUCUGUGCUGUGUGGGUGGCCUUUGUUCCUGCUUAUGUUAAUUCUCCUGGUAAAUAUGCUGAUGCUGUGGAGGUGUUUGCUAUCCUGGCUUCAAGCUUUGGUCUGCUGGUGGCGCUGUUUGGACCUAAAUGUUACAUAAUCCUACUGAGACCAGAGAGAAACACAAGAAAAGCAAUGAUUGGUCGAAACAUCAAUAAGAAGUGAAAAUCGA